AUGCCUGUUGAGAACUGGACUGUGUUCACAGACUUUGUGUUAUUAGGACUUUCUGACAGACAGGAUGUGCAGUACGGGCUCUUUGCACUCUUCCUCCUGGUUUAUGGUCUAACCGUGAUUGCCAAUCUAGGGAUGGUCCUGCUGAUCAAAAUGGACACUAGACUUCACACACCCAUGUAUUAUUUCUUGAGCAAUCUGUCUUUCUGUGAUAUCUGCUAUUCUUCCACUGUAUCUCCCAAAAUGUUGACUGAUUUUUUAUCGAAGGAAAAGAGGAUUCCAUAUGAUUUAUGUGCCAUUCAGAUGUACCUGUUUGGAGCCUUUGCAGAUGUGGAAUGUCUCAUGUUGGCUAUCAUGGCCUAUGAUCGUUAUGUAGCCAUCUGCAAUCCACUUCUUUAUACCAUUACUAUGUCCAGGAGACUUUGUAGCCAGCUAGUGGCUGUUGCCUAUUUUAUAGGCUUGGUGGAUUCUGCAAUCCACACCUGCUGCACAUUUCGAUUAUCAUUCUGCAAUUCCAAUGUCAUCAAUCACUUUUUCUGUGACAUCCCACCCUUGCUGGCUCUCUCUUGCUCAGAUACAUCCAUCAAUGAGAUAGUGAUGUUCACUUUCAUUGGCUGUGUUGUAGGGUGCAGCAUUGCCACGGUUCUUCUCUCUUACAGCUACAUCAUAACUACCAUCCUUACAAUGAACUCAGCAGAGGGCAGACACAAAGCCUUCUCCACAUGUGCCUCCCACUUAAUGGCUGUAGCCAUCUUUCAUGGCACACUCCUGUUCAUGUACUUCCGACCCAGCUCAAGUUACUCGAUGGACACAGACAAAAUGGCCUCUGUUUUUUAUACUGUUGUCAUCCCUAUGCUAAACCCACUAAUUUAUAGCUUAAGGAACAAGGAUGUAAAAGGUGCUCUGAAAAAAGCUGUCAGCGUUAGAUUGUCUUCUGGAUAA